GUAUUAGUAGAAUCUUACUUCAUAAAGGGCGUAUAUUGCGUGUUUCGCUAUAGAUAAUCGCACAAAAAUGUUCAAAAUCGCUCAUCGUCACCAGUUCAUCAUAAGGUACGCCGGGGCAAGACGAAAAAGCGGGUUAACAUGAUGUAAUCUAAUAACGGUAAACAGCUUGAAUGCCAUAACAUUAGUUUUUGAUUCAAACAAUGUAGAAUUGUAUUGAAAACUAUUCCAAAACUUCAUGUUUCAUUUAGCCCCGGUGUACCUUAUCAUGUUGUUAGCGAUCUUAUGUUGCAAAUAGUCUCGUGAAAAGGGCUGUGGAAAUUAAAAAAAAAGCAUGAAGAAGGUAAUUUUUUUCUUAUUACGAAACGCAACGGUUUAGUCAAAUAAAUUGGUUUAUAUGUAUAUUUCAUUUGUAUUUACAUAACACAGGUUUUUCAAAACCAUCUUAACAUUGAUUCGAAAAAUUGAAAGCGCGGGUGUAAACUAUCAAAAACCAUCGUCUGAUUUUGUUAUCAGAAAAAUAUACCAGCAAUGUUGCUUUUUCUAAAAAUGCUCAUUUUCCUGAAGAUCUUAUUGUUUGUUGGUAAAAAUAUGUCGUUCUUUACUGUGAUUUCAGAGGUGGAAGAUGAUCAAUCCGAAGCACGCGUUGUACACCUUCGUCUCGUGAUUUUUCACUGGUUGACGUUUGGCUUUUUUGCAAAAUGCAUGCUGUACUGUAAACACUACUAGAAAAUUUGCUUUGGCCAUUAUUCACAAAUAGUUUCUAGUACUUGGUUUAUGUCGAAUGAGUUUAUGUUAAAGGAAAUAGCAUUAUGCUUACUACAAAACAAAAAUUAAAUAUACAUCUGUAUAAUGCUGCGAUUUUAGUCUGUGUAUAUGACUUCAUACAGCGCAUUUAGUUCACCACUGCGCACUUUGUUUGCAUUAGUGCGAUAACCUGAUUAAAGUACGCGAUUGCAACAAAUCACGUUGGUGUAUUCAGCGCAUUCAGCGCAUUUCUUCAAACUACGUUGAAUAAGUGCUCUGAAGGUAUCGAGUUGAUUUGGUGCAAUCGCGCACUUUUAUUUGCGUUUUCGCACUUGUGAAAACAUCUGUGAUAGUCCUGUUGUGAACUAAAUGCGAUAUAUUUAUGUUGAUAAGGCUGGAACAAAUCUUAUUUCUUCUUUUGUCACAAUACUCGUUGACUCGCUAAGGGGGAGGACACUAAAUAAUAAAUGUAUUCGACGAAGAAAUACCCAAACAAUUCGGCAAAAUCUAUAAACUCAUCGGAUUUGUUAAGAAAUUUUCUGUGCAACUCUAAUUUCACCUUAAAAUUUAAAAAUUUCUUGAAUAAUUUAUUGGUGUCCCCCCUCAAAAUGUUUAAUUUCGACCAAAAUUUUCCGAGGGGGCGGUGACAUAAGAGAAAAUCAAAAUUUGUGUCAGCCUAAUUGGACCGUCGAUCUCGUUUAGAUAGGAAAUGAUGACAGUUUGAUUUGAUAUUAUGCAUUGCAAGAAAAUAUAUCGCGCAAAGUUGUACAAAAAUGCUAAUAGAUAUGUGCGGUUUAAUAGGGUCCUAAAAUUAAAGACGAAAUCUCUCUUAUAUUGAAUAAUACGAUCAAGCAUGGUAUUCUAAUCGGAAUUGUACUUUACUCGAACUUGAAAAACAAAGGAAUAAUGAGAAAAUUCGAAAUAAGUAAAAUGGUAAAUAGUUCUACUUUGACAUUUGAGGUCAACCUUGUGUGACUGAGCUCGACAUUUUUCGCACUGGGAUUUCAAAAAUGUUCCUAUCUGACAUACACGGAGAAAAAAAAUCACUCAAAGUAUGUGUUAUAAGCUAUAUAAGGGACGAGACAAAAGGCUAAAAGAAUAAAAAUUAUAUAUUUUCAACUACAGUUAAUAAAAACGUCAAAAAUUGAGUAAAUAUGUACUCUUGAACCAUAUUGUCAGAUUUCUUGAAACGUAAACACCGCGCGGUCGUUGAAAUGUUUCAAAAAGGGGCUUUGCACAAAAGUUCACGCGGUCUAUCGUUUUCGAAAGGAACAGCCGCACCGUAGGAAACGCCGCAAUGUUAUUUCCUGUAAGGAUGAAGUAAACAGGGAGUAAAAACCGCGGCUGUACCUUUCGGAAGCGAUAGGCCGCGUGCACUUUUGUGCAAAUCCCUCAAUAUAUUGUGGUUUAAAACAAGAAUCCCGAUAGGACUUUAGGAGCCUAUUGUUUCGGUGUCUUCUGCGCGGUGAAUUCCGCACAUAUUUAUUGCACGUUUCGCCGUAGAUUAUCGCGCAAAAAUGUUCAAAAUCGCUCAAAGAUUGUCGACAGUUGGUGUCUUCUACAUUAAGUGCGGAAAUCAGAUUGACCGCACAGAAGACAACAAAACAAUUAAAUGCAACCGCGCAUAUCUAAAUAUAUUAACCCUUCAACGCCAUGGUGUCUAGAAAUCCUCUACAUAGAGAUGAGCGGAAGUUACAUAUGUCGAUUCGGCAACGCUGUUCGUUUUGUUUACAUCGACAGCCAACAGUUGCUUCAAUGUUAGAUGUUCAAACUUUGUGCGUGACUUUGUUGUGGUUCAAGUUGUUUUGUUUACAUUUUCUAAUUAUGGUAGAAUAUUUUUUUUUCGAAAUUUUGAAAAAAAUAGCGAAGCAAUCGAAGAAAUCUGAAGUUUAUUGCAAAGUGUUACGCUAAUCAUAUCGGCAGAAGUGAAGCAAGAAGCAGCAAUGAUUUUUUUUUCGAGAAGUGCAGCAACAAAAGUUUCGUAAUAAGCAUGAGCUUUUGAAAGCAGAAUUAAUUAAAUUUUAUCUUUUUAUUAAACUUACAUAUACCGCCAAUUUCUCGAUAUUAGAAAUAAAUAAUUAUAAUUUAUUUAGUGAGGACUGCAAUACCGUUCAAACGACGCCUUUCUACGAACGAUCAGCAUGUUCAUUUGGCUCACACUUUGACAGUUCUCUCUGCACGAUUGGCUUACAAUGGCCGCCUCCGCAGAUCUCUGUAAUGCACAGUGUUCGAAAUCGAUGAUUUUACGAUCAAAAUUAAAUAACUUUUUUUAGGUUGGUUCUAGAGGUUUGGCGUGUUCUACAAAGUUUUUCUGCAUGUUAAAAGGCGUCUUUUGAUUAAACGUAAUAAAUGAUUAAUCUCCCUAGAAGUGAGAUAAAAAAUUUAUUUUUUCGAAAUAUAUUUUUAGAGGUUUGACGUCUUUGGCAAAGUUGUAGCCCAUAAUAAGAGAACAAAAAUCGUAGAACACGUCAAAGCUCCACCUCUUACGGUUUUCGAGAUAUGGGGCGUUUUGUGCGAAGUACCCCUAAAUCUAGUUUUUUCAGUGUAGCUUCAACAGAUAAAAUUCUACAGUUUUGUGACCUUCUACAAACUUGUUCAGGACGUCAAAAUACACAUUUAUUCCGAAGAUGAAAAGUCAUUAUAUCUUAAAACAAAAAAGUUAUAGGCAAAUUUAUGAUAUUUUAAGGUGUACUUUCACCUUAAGUAAUUAUUUCCGGCGCAAAAUGGCGCAGAUGGCUCAGUCGGUAGUUGAAAGAUUAGACUUUUUACUACCACUUGGGGGUGGAAACCCUCGUGGGCAAUAGUGGGAAAGGUGGUUUAAAUACAUAAUAGAAACUAGUUAUUUUUCCUGUAAUACAAGAAAAAUUAAUAGAAAUUAAUAAUUUAGGAUCCCGCAGUAAUUUUUACUGCAUUGCGUAAUUUCCAGCAAUAUUUUACAACAUUUUUGUGCAUGAUUAAUUUAUUUAUUUACUUAAAUUAGCGACACUUUACACCAAAGGUGCAUUCGUGUGGUUUUUGAGCAUUGUUUUUACCAAACAGAAUAUUUUAUUCAUGCUUUUGAAUUCAUAUUGUUUACACUCAGAUGAUCAGACAAUUUCUGAUAAAGUUGCUUUAAAAUUACCUAUUUGAAGUUUUUGUUUUGGGGCAAUAUUCAAGUUAUGCAGCGCUAGAAAUAGGAAGAAGGAAAUAUUAAACAGUUCAAGAUGUGCAUCAAAACACUGAGUAGUUUUUUUUUUCAUGUAUUUAUAUUUAUAUUUGUUGUUUGACUUUUCAACUACGGAAUCAGUAUCCGAAAAUAUCAGGAGAAGUUUUGAUUCGUCCGAUAGCAGAUUAACAGCUUUUUCGGUAAUCCACGAGUUUGACUUACACCUGGGAAGCAAUUGAAAUAUAUCAGAUAUAAAUCAAUAAAAUACAGGGUGUGCCGAGAAAUAAUGCGAUGGUUUAUUAUUUCGAACAUUAUUUUUAAUCUCUUGACGUAAACCAAUUACAUGUUUUGACGUCCCAUCGUCUGCAUCAUGAGUUAAUUGAAGUAUUUUUCAUAUUUUUAACAGUACUUUUCACAAAAAUCGAGUUGAAAAUAUUUUUUUUUAUCAAAUUGACCAUUUUAUAUAAAAGAUCUACUUUAUUUUCACCAGGAAUUCGUCAAAAUAUGUAUUGAAGAAUGUAAAAUUACAACUACCUUAAUAAGAACUGCGAAGGUAUUUUUCAAAACGGGUAGGUAGUCAUUCGUUUGGGCAUAGAUAUGUUGUCAUAAGUUUGAAAAAAAUCAAUACUUUUAUUUAGAACUAGCUUUAGUUAUAACUCUCGGGAACAAUAUUUUGUCCUGAUGUUUUAAUUUUUAAUGAUAAACACUCACUGGUUUUUGCAAAAACGUUGUAAAAUAUUGGCGGAAGAAACACAGUGCAGUAAAAAUUACUGUGGGCUUCUUAAUUAUUUUUUCAAAAUUUAUUUUUCUUGUAUUACAGGCAAAGUAAUUAGUUUUUGUCAUGUAUUUAAACCACCUUUCCCACUAUUGCCCACGAGGAUUUUUACCUCCAAGUGAUAGUAAAAAGUCCAAUCUUUCAUCUACCGACUGAGCCAUCUGCGCCAUUUUGCGCCGGAAAUAGUUACUUAAGGUGAAAGUACACCUUAAAAUAUGUUAAAUUUGCCUAUAACUUUUUUGUUUUAAGAUAUAAUGACUUUUCAUCUUCGGAAUAAAUGUGUAUUUUGACGUCCUGAACAAGUUUGUAGAAGAUCACACAACUGUAGGAUUUUAUAUGUUGAAGCUACACUGAAAAAACUAGUUUUAGGGGUACUUCGCACAAAACGCUCCAUAUCUCGAAAACCGUAAGAGGUGGAGCUUUGACAUGUUCUACGAUUUUUGUUCUCUUAUUAUAGGCUACAACUUUGCCGAAGACGUCAAACCUCUAAAAAAAUAUUUCGAAAAAAUAUUUUUUUAUCUCACUUCUAGGGGGAUUAAUCAUUUAUUACGUUUUAUCAAAAGACGCCUUUUAACAUGCAGAAAAACUUUGUAGAACACGCCAAACCUCUAGAACCAACUUAAAAAAAGUUAUUUAAUUUUGAUCGUAAAAUCAUCGAUUUCGAACACUGUGUAAUGUAGGAUUACUAAUGGUGUCUGUAGAGCACCAUCACUUUUUGGCGAAUCCGACCUAAACCAGUUCACUUCAAUAUGUUAUAAAAGCGUUUCAGAAGAAGUUAUAAGCUUAUUAGAGUAUUUGUACACUCUAAUUAUUGGUUCAAUAGUGAAACUUUAAGUGAUCCCUAAUGACUUUUGUUCGAGCACUUUUUGUUCAUAGCAUUUUUUAGCAUACAAAAGUUUAAAAUAAGUCGUGGGCGGGAAGGGGUUAACGUAUUUGUACUACUUUGCACGAUAUUUUUUCUUGCAAUGCAUAAUAUUAUGUCUCUCAAGAAAAAUCAGAAUAUGGCGAUUAUCUGCCUCUGGCUUCUGAUAUUAGCGCGACAGUCACUAAUCAUAAAAGGGUCACCAGAUUUAAAAGUAUAUAAUUCCACUAUAUGGGGUUUGACAGCAAGAACACUCAUUCCACUGAGCUACUCUUGCCGUUCGUCACAAAUACAUUCAAAAACAUCUGUCACUUCGCGAAACCCACGUGCUUUUGUUUUUGGCGGGAACACUUUUUCUUUUGUUUUGCCUUGCGACUGUCAUGCGGCGGUAUGCCUUGCGAGCGUACGACCGCCGCAGGACUCUAACAAAAGAUAAGCGCGACAAUAUAUUGGAUCUACAGUUUUUUUACUUCACACUUCUUUUCAGGUCAUAAUACCAAGUGGCGUUAUGCUAAAUUAUAUUAUGCCAAACGAUAUUUUGCCAAAUGUGGUGAAAUAAUAAAUAGACGAGAACGUUGCUUUCAUCGGUUCUCGUUGUUUUUCUAAGAUGUCAGUUACCUGAAUGCAGCUUUAUAAAAAACUGCUGACAGAAUAAUGAUAAUAUUAUUCCUUAUUUUCUUUGCUACUUGUUUUUUUUUCGUUCCUAAUGGUUUCAUAAUUUGUGUAUCACCCCCUGCAUGGUGCGGGAUGUAGUAGCCACCGUCGUCAUCACUCACAGAUUGAACCUCCUUCAUGUGACCCAAUGCUAAGUACUCGGCCAGAUACGCAGAAUAUUCGACACGAUUCGUACACUCAGAAAAAUUGCCUCAUACUGAAUGGCAAAUAUCCAUGUGCCAAACCACAUCCAAAGUAUAUGCAACCAAUACCCGAUUACGCAGGCAAAUUAGCACAUGAAUAGUAUGUGCUCUAAAUUGUAUGAGUCGCUUCUGUAUGGUGCCUCAUCAAAAGUACUUCAUACAUGUUUCGCCUUCAGACAAUGAAUUAAAUGCUUUGGUUGUUUUCCUACUCUCCGCAUCGGCCAAUGUGGCGCUAGCUUCUAUGCGCGAAAAAUCGCUAAAAGUAAAUCUCAAAAAUAUUUUAUGGCGAAUAGCAUCUAAAGACGUAUUUCUCGAAGUGGAACACAUUAUUAGAAAAAAAUAUUUGGUAGCGGUUGUGAACAAUGAUGACCGGUUUGGUGCCUACCAAAUAUUUUUUCGGUAAUAGCUUUUCAUUUCGAAAAAUUCGAGUUUAGAUGCUUUUCGCCAUACAAAAUAAAAUUCCUGCCGGUAAUCCAUUAAAGCACAAGUUUGCUUUGGUGGCAACGGACUUGCGCUCCGUGAUGGUCAUGUUUUUGAACGUUGAGCACCGGAAGAUAGGGUGAUUCUCCUUGCAGCAAGCUCACACUUCCGUCGAGGUUCGCACGAACGACUUGAGUUGGGGUUGCGACUUCUGUCCAACCACUUGGCGUUGCUUGUUGGAGGCCGCAGUUGAUUGCUGCGCCGGCUGCUGGAACCGACUUGUGCGCUGCAAAACACGACCACGCUCCCGAAGAAACUCCAUAAACUCGACGUAGUCUGGCAACUCACCGCUACCGAGCUUCAAUUCCCAUUGUUCCUGGGUCUCCCUGUCUAGUUUCUUGUAGAUCACAUUGACGAACACAAGCUCUGCCAGGUCUUCAACUGGAUACCCGUGACCAGUCAAUGCUUCACUGUGCUUGGCACAAAUCUCGGCUAACUUGGUGAUGGAUUUACGAGUCUCCUUCGUGAUUUUCGGGCAAUCCAGGAUGGCAUCGAUGUGGGUAUCGAGUAUCGUUUGUCUUCGUAUUUCGUUAUUUACAAUGUCCUGAUCGAUCUUAUCUUUAGCGUCACCGGUAAGCGCGUUCCGCAGAUGCAGGAUCUUCAUGGCUGGUGUCUCCUGGGUGUACCACGACAUGAUGCUCUGGAACAGAUUCGUAAAACUGUACCAGUUCUCUGGAUCGCCGUUGAACGUGGGAAAUGGAGCCUGCAGGUGUGGGACUGAUGCAGGGGCUUGUACGUACACCGGCGGUUGACCGGUAGUGGCAGCUGCAGACACGGUUGGCAGUUCCACUAGCUUGGUUACACCGCUCACGCUGCGGCGACGGCUGAACCGAUUCAGCCGGUUCGCUCGCAGGAUGAUAACCACUUGUACGCUUGCUUCUGGUGCCACCGGCUCACACACUAAUCCAGUACGAAUGCACUGCCACUUGCGCGCGUUGUUGCCACGGACACGCAAAAUUGGCUGACACUGCUUCUGUGCUACGAUCACACACACACACACACACACACACACACACACACACACACACACACACACACACACACACACACACACACACACACACACACACACACACACACACACACACACACACACACACACACACACACACACACACGCACACGCACACACACACACACACACACACACACACACACACACACACACACACACACACACACACACACACACACACACACACACACACACACACACUUCAGGCGGAGUUUUUUCAAGAUGGUUAAUUGCUUCCCUGCCACGGGCACACACUUGGUGGCGCAACACCGACCGAAUAUUCUUUACCAGCUGAGGCAAUUUCUUCAACUGGUCGUUUCACAGUAUGGCGGCUAUUUCAAACCGCCGCAAAGUGUUCACUUUUUCCGGAACUAGCACCGAGCUAAUCGCGUUCCGACAAAAACCGGGAACCACUACAACUCCGAAGAUCCGGCUCGAAGGACCAAAAAAUGUUCCUUGAUAGCUCAAACACAAAAACUGUUUCGGCAGAAAAUGGAUAAUUCUGUGCGGGAUAAUCAAACACGUGUUGGCAGAAACCAGGAUACAGCAGCGGAAUGCCCAAAGGUGUUUCGGAAUAUCGUGGAGAAAUAACACACGCGACUACUCAGUAAAAAGAACUUAGGUUUAAUAGCGAAAGAAAGGUGCAGCUCCGACUGGUGGCGAGCGAUCGAAUGUUGCGUUGUAAUAAAAGUGUUCUACGUGUUUGCGCUCGCACACCAGGAUCAAAGUAGUUAUCAUUUAGGUAUUGUAUUGUAGAGUUGUUGGCACAAGGCAGGAAGAGGUGAACAUUGUACCUUCCCACACUCCCCCUCAAUGCAACAGCUCUUCCUCAUAGCAAUCCAGUGACACACCUUGUAGAUCCCUUGUAGCGAAGACGGCUAAUAACAAGACAGACAGGAACAUUAAAACAUGAUUGUGUGCGUGUGCAUGCUAAUACGUACAUGGAAAUUGUAGCAUCACACGCACACUCAUUCAUGAUGUUGUUCUCUGAAGUCGUUCGCAGCGCUAGUGUGCUUGUAGCUCCCAAAGUAUAUGGAGCAAGAAGGUAGAUGUCUGUCUUGUUAUUAGUCGUCUUCGCUUGUAGCCACUCGUUCGCUGAGACUCUGUUUCGAUAUUUUUCCUUCCGCAAGGACGACUGUUGCAACCGCAACUUGACACAACCUCCUCAACUUUGUAAUGAUUUACGAACUUUUGCCUUGGUCGUGGGACCGAUGUCAAACCGCUAUUCACUAAAUGCUUGGCAGCGGCCUUGGAUCGAGAAACAGGUCGUUCCUGCCGGUGGCUCCGAUCAUCCGUUGCGGCCAACGACACUUGCGCUAUGUUAAGAUAGUACAGCUUGGGGAACGUUCAAAAAUUACGUCCAACAUUUGGGGGGGGGAGGGGGGGGGGGGGUUACACUAAAUGAGAUUAUGCCGAUAAAAAUGCAACAAUUUUUCCGUAUCCAUCCAAAUUGAGCAAUAAACGAACACAUUGUAAAAUCCUGAUUGUACCUGCCUCUGACCGUCGCCGCUGUGGGACCUAUCUAUAGAAGGAAAGAGAUGACCCUUGACUCACAAAUUCGCACACACGGUACGAUCUCCAGCAGAUCAUGAACAAUAGCAUGAUCAAAUGUGCCACAAAUUCGCUAGCGUGCGGGUCGAUCUGUGCUCACAGUGAGGUGUUAAAAAACGACAAAGUGCAUGCCGAAAAAUCGAAGUCCAAGCCAGUGAAUUUCGCGUUGAAAUCGGUCAUUGCAUGAAAAGGCACUCUAUUCUGGCCAACCAGUCGUGGGCCACGUGGAUUAAAAAUCCAAGCAAGGCUUACUGCCUCCAAAGCUCUCAUUGCAUGUGCAAGCCGCUGACUACAGUCAAUAUACUCGCCAUUAGAGCCCGAUCCAAGGUGGUAAGAACACGCCCAAGGCUCGGAUAGCUCUCCGAUAGCUGCAUGCAAUCCCAGCUUGUUUGACGCCUAAGAAUCUACGGGAAGGCCUUCUACUUCAGCUACAUUCCGAGUGCGAGGAAGCAAUGCAGUAGCCGCAUGCACUUUCCCAUGCUACGCAGAACGGGGGAACAAGUGUGAUCUGCAACAAGUGUGUGCAAGGCGUGACAACUCCACAGCGUGCGACAUUACAACGUGCAACAACACUCAAUCGUGCGACAUCGUCGGUGCAUUCGUGAGACACUGCUGUGACAACGUCCGUCCGGCGGUAGCGCAGAUGGUUCGAGGCAUUGGCGCUACAUUCAGUGGUGCAUCAACGCAACAUUUGCGUAUUACCAGUUCUCCUACGAGUGCAUGGUGCGACAUCAACGAACGUUAGUUUCUGCAGCGGUUAUACGGGGCCCCCAACGAUGAAGAAUCUAUUGUAAUAGAUAUGCAGGUACACUAGGAAUAAGAUCAAAUCCAGCAUUAUAUAUGUAUAUGCAGCAUACACUACCUUCUUGAGUAUUUUGUUUGAGUAUCGUUUGAGUCUAGUUUGAGUAUCAAACCCUCCCGACCACUAUUCCGGAGGGCACUCGGUGCUAUUGUCUAUAGCUAGCCGGGGCAACCAAGAAGCGGUCGCAAUAAGCCGCGGGUGCACUUUUAUAGUUGUACCAUUCUAAGCACUUUAGUAGAUAUAAGCGUUAGUUGUCACAUUGGCGCCCAGACUAAAAAACCCACUUUGCGUUUCGUUACAACUCGCGUAACGGUUCUGUCAAGUGAGUGAUCAGUGAGUGAAGAAGUGCAAUAUCGGUAAUUAGUGAAAGUGAAAUUCAGAAAUGGAUCUGAACCAGCUGACCCCGGAGGAGAUUGAUUUCGAGCUCCUGUUACGAAACACGACGGGAAUUCGAGGAAAGAACUUGGAAUGGAAGAUUUCGCGGCUGCAACAGCUGCUGGACAGUGAGCAGGAUGGAUCACCGGCACCAAGGUAUUCAUCGCAUGUGGUUUCGGACAUGGACAGCAUUUACCACUGCCAAACAACAAUUUCGCCGAUUUUCCACGCUCUCAAUGCAGCUUUUAAGCAGCAAAAUGAAGCACAGGUGACUUCGUUGCGAUCGAGACUACUGCACUACAAAUUCAGGCUCUCGCUUAUAACCGAAGCCACGAUUUUGGACGAAGCCAAAAAAUCGUUGACAAAGAUUUGCAACGCUCUGCACCAAAUUGACGAGUUCCUGAACGACAAAAACAUAGAACACCAGAGCGACACAAAGGAUCCGGAAGAUCUUCCAAGCGACCCGGAGACACUGAAGCGGCUAAAGAUCGCACAGCUGCAAUCGAGCAUCGACGAGGCAGAUAAGCAGCAAAAGGUGUUACAACAAGAGCUUCAACGAACGAUACAGGAUGGGCAGAUUCCUCAGCGAUCACCAGAUCAGGACAACGUGUUUUCGACGCUGCAGCAACAACAACAAUCUCACAUGCAACAACAGAACCCGAAUCCAACAAAAUCACAGCAGCAACACGGUUUGACUCAGCAAUAUUCGCAAGAGAUUCUCGAUCCGCUUCAGCAUCCAACACUCUCAGGACAACAUCAACAGCAGCAAACAGAACAAUCACAACAGCGAGGUUUCCAACCAGAGCAGCGCCUACAUUUGUUGCUGAAUCAAAUGCAGUUGCAGCAACAACAACUAGAACAACAGCUGCGGCAGGAGCAGCAGAGGCGGCAGCAGCUGGAAUGGCAGUUACAACACCAACAGCACCAACAAAGCGUGGCAGCAGUGCAACAGCAGGCGAACUAUGCGCCAAACUAUACCUAUGGAUCCAUUUCGGGAUACUGGGGUCCUCAAAACCAGAGAGAGUCUGGAAUAGCCCAGGAACCACAACGAACCGGCCUUACUCCACCGGUAGGAGUUCCGUCCAGACCCAACACACCCAGAUCAUCCAAUCAACCGGCCAAUUCUAAUCGAUUCUUACAACCAGUGCACAAAUGGCCUUUUGAAUACGCCGGCGAGAACAACAUAGUAAAGCUGGGAGAGUUCUUAAAUCAGGUAAACACUUACGCGGUCACAGAGGGCAUGGACGAUCAAGCCCUGCUUCGUUCCAUCAAGCAUUUACUGAAGGGUCGGGCUCUUCAGUGGUACACGCGGUCAUACCUCGACCUUACGACAUGGGAGAUCUUUAAGGCUGAAAUCAAACAAGAGUUUCUGCCUCCCAACUACUCCGAGAUUGUAAAACAGGAUCUGUACUUGCGUUUCCAAGGUCCAAACGAACCCUUUACGAACUUCUACAGAGAUCUAGUAGCGGCCUUCGAGAUCAUAGAUCCUCCAAUAACUGAAUCCGAGAAAUUGUUUAUCUUGAAAUCCCACCUGAACUCAGACUUCUCACCAAUCGCUUCAGCAUCCCGCUCUGGCAGCGUGCGAGAAUUAGUAUCAGUUUGCAAGGAUUUUGAAGUCUCACGCUCCUAUGCCAUACGGGGACGUGCUUCUACAGCAGCGCGAACACCAGGCUCUCGACCGGAAGUCUCAGCGUUUCAGCGACCAGCACCUAAUCGAAUCGAUCGCAAUCCAGUCAACAACGUGAAUCGCUUCCCCAUGAACAGACAACCGUUUGGGAUAGCGCAAGUCAACAUGAUGGAGCUGAACCAAGACAACGAGGAAGAUCUGGAUUUGGGAAACAUCAGAGAGCGAGAGGCAUUCCAACAGGACAUUGCUCUUCGAAAUGAAUUGGCAAUGAAUGUGGUUGAAGAAGUGAACGCAAUGCGAACACAAAACGACUGGAGAGCAAGGCCAGCGGACAACAUUUUGGAGGUUCCAGUAAGAGAAAGCAGCAACAGAGACUUGGCGACGGCGGUCGUAUGCUGGCAAUGUGAUAGUCCCGGUCACACCUACCUAAGAUGCCCAAAUCCAAAGCGUUUCCUAUUCUGUUAUAGCUGUGGAAAGAAGGGUUGCACCACACGCAAUUGUGAUGCCUGCAUCCUUCGCUGGAGGCAGUUGGAGACACAGAACGCCCCUCAGGUUCCGGGAAACCGAAACUGGGAGAACCCGCAGUAAAGGGUGAGGGAUCUCCCAAUAUUGCAGACGUCCCUUUGCUUAACAACAUACCCGCCUUCAGAAAGGCGGAUUCUAUCAUCAUAAACACAGACAACAAUGACAACCGGCCAUAUGCUUCAAUUUCUGUAUUAGGACGUGAGCUACGAGGACUCCUAGAUAGUGGUGCAACUUGCAGUCUUAUUGGAGGACCACUCUCCAAAAUUGCCGACGAACUCGGGUUGCGUAAAUUUCCAGUUGUAGGAGAAGUGAAAACAGCAGAUAAUUCACCACAUGCAGUCUCGUUCUACUCACACGUGCCGAUCGCGUAUAACAACAAUAACCGUACGUUGCCAAUGCUUUUCGUCGAAUCUAUGCCGCCCAUACUGAUUUUGGGAAUGGAUUUCUGGGAGAAGUUUGGGAUAAAACCGGUUAUCUGCGGAAUCACGAGUGACUGGAGUUCAAAAGAAUCGAUAGUAGAAACUUUAACAAACCAUCAACAAGAGGAGUUACAGACAGCAAUCCAGGCUUUUCCAACAUCAGGGAACCAAGGUCAGCUAGGCAGAACGAGCCUUUAUCACCACAAAAUCGACACCGGCGAUGCUGCUCCGUUCAAGCAAAAAUACUACCCCAUGUCAAAGUUUGUCCUAGAUGAUCUAAAUAAAGAAGUAGACAGAAUGUUGCAGCUGGGAGUAAUCGAAGAGGCACUGUGUUGCCCGUGGAAUAAUGCCACAGUGGCAGUUAAGAAGAAGGACGGGGCCAUGCGGUUAUGCUUGGACGCCAGAAGGUUAAAUUCGGUACUAGUCCAGGAAGCGUACCCCAUUCCACAAAUCGCUUCUAUCGUCAACAACCUAAGCGGAUCAAGGUUCCUUUCUUCGAUCGAUCUUGAAUCAGCAUUUUGGCAGAUACCUUUAGAAGAAGGAUCGAAGCAAAAGACGGCAUUCACAAUUCCUCAACGUGGUCAUUACCAAUUUACAGUUGUCCCUUUUGGACUGUCGACGGCCAGUCAGGCUCUAUCGCGCCUAAUGAACCAUUUGUUCAUAGAUCUAGAACCUAAAGUAUUCGUAUAUCUGGACGAUCUGGUACUGGCAACCGAAUCCUUUGAGGAACAUGUGGCACUAUUGCAGGAGAUCGCACGUAGAUUGAAGGCAGCGGGUUUGACCAUCAAUUCCGAAAAAUCUGUGUUUUGUCGGAAAAGUUUGAAGUAUUUGGGCUACAUACUGGACGCAACCGGCUGGCACGUGGAUGACGAGAAAGUAGCGGCGAUCAGCAAGUUCCCGACGCCAACCACAAAAAAGGAAGUGCAGAGAUUCAUCGGGAUGUGCGGUUGGUAUAGAAGAUUCAUCAAGGACUUCUCUAAAACUGCGGCAGCUCUUACGGAGUUGACGAAGGCCAAAGUUAAAUUCAAAUGGACGGAUCAAUGUGAAAAGGCCUUUCAAACUCUGAAAUCACAUCUUCUAUCUGCUCCUAUUCUGGCUACGCCGGAUUACACAAAGCCAUUCGCAGUUGCUUGUGACGCCUCAGAUGUCGCUAUAGGAGGAGUAUUGACCCAUUAACGCCUCGUAGAACAAAACAAAACAAAAAUAGAUUUACGUCUGCUUCUCGAUCUCUCAGCCCGCUUCUCCGCUUCCUCAUCCUUCCACACUCCAGUAGUGAUUUGGGUUCGAACUUGGGAUCCGAAGAUACUGAAAUAUAUUUACUUCUCAAUCUACUGCUACUGCUCCACGAUGCCACAGCUGUACCGAUGUAGUGCGUUGAAAUUAUCCCCAAUAUAAAGAAUGCUUGGAAAACAGCUUCAGUUCGAACACCCAAAACUUGUUUUCAAAAAGAUAUUCCGUUGAAUGUAGAGCAUUUCAUUUUUUUUUUUCGAUCUGUAGCAUAUAAUUUUCUCUUCCUCUUUCCAAUAAUCUUAUGAUCCGCGGAUCCGCCAAACCAUCCACCUAUUCGGCGAGACGAACCAGCCAAAGGCUGAAAGUCUCUGAAAUAAAGACAACAUAAAAAGACCUAUUCAGCAUUAGCCUAGGCAUCAGCGCACAUUUUCCUACGAAAUCAUAAUUAGUCAUUUUUUGAUGACCAAGUUCCAUCAAACUCAGCUGCCGCAAAGUUUGCUUCUGAGCUCUUGGAUUGGUGACGAAAAAAUGAAGAAGCAAAUGAGAUGCACAAAUUUGUAAACAGAAGCAUAGAGGUAAUCACGUUCAAAUGUAUGCGUGCCUUUUUUGUAGAUGUAGUUGUGAAACUGCGAGAAAAAUAUUUGCACUCUUACCCCGGACGUUAGUUUUAUCAUUAUUUACCCGUUUUACCCAAUUCGAUUGGGUAAUAUUUGCAUAUGCAAUCUGAAUAGCCUUUCAAUCGGCGUGCACUUUUGUGUGAGGAAAAAUUUGCGCUAGUAUUCGUGUGUUGAAAUGUCACUUAUCUCUAUAGGUCCUGUAAAAGAGAGACAACAUGUGCUGUGAAAUGCAUAACAUAUCUCCCAUCUUCCUUGCUCUUAGCAUUUAAAGAGCAGUUGGGAAGCAUUCUGAAUGCUUCCGAACGAAAACACCUCAAGCAGUUGAAAUGCUAAUUUACAGCCUAAAGCUUUUGAGCAGCACUGCUUAUGCUAUUUCAAGGCAGUUAGGCAUUCGAACUGCUUAUGUAGGGCAGCAAGCAUCUCAAAUGCAUAAUACGGGCUGCUGUACGGCUUAUUUAAAUGCUUAGUGGUUACCUGGGUAGCUAAUCUUUAGUGUACUGCAAUAUCGUAAGCUCACAAAAUAGACUUAAUAGCGUUCUUCUUCUCCACUUGUUUUCGAAAUUUUAAGGAAAUAUCGUGAAACUACCAGACGGUAGUGGGACCCAGGAAAUACUGGGGCUAUAAAACCGGUAACAUAGCACAAUGUCCGAAAGUUUUUUUUUGAUUUUUAUUUCUGUGUUCAAUGUCGGAAAGCAAACGAACGUCGAGAUGCAACAUACGUGAUUGCUUAAUGAGUAUUUAACUUGAACUUUAUGAAUUAAGAGUGGCAUAUGAGAACCAUUCAUAAAAUACAUAAAAAUACUAAAGAACGAAAAAUAAGUCUACCGUUGUACUAAUCUAAAAUUUAUUAAAAAAUCCGUUUAAAUGUUAUUGCGGGAGAGGGUCUGUGUAACAUAACAUUUGAACGACCCUCUAUUUUGAGAUGGAGUGAUUUGCUUUGGCAAUACAGGGGCCAAUGAUCAUGUACAUAAGAGUUUAUAGAGGAGGGUUUGGAUAAACAUUUCUUAUGCAGUAUACUAAAAAUAUCAUGUUUUUUCAAUCAAUCUUCCAAUGCGCCCCUCCCUCAUUGUAACUCUCCCUCCUCUCAUGGAAGUUGAAACUUUAAAUGAGGAUGGUUGUGGUAUCUAAAAAUGAUGAUGAUGAUGAUGAUGAUAUUGUUCUACCAUCUAUUGUAGCAAGGCAGCUGCCUAUAGCACUGGAAUAAUCUGAAAAGCGAUUUGAUCAAGAUUGUGCUGUGGUGGUCAGUCAUUCUCCUGUAUGAAGGGCCAAAAAAGGGUUGUGCGAACCCGCAAGCAGAGACACUUGCGCGAAACCCGCGUCAGGGGAAAAGAAUCUCCUUCCAGAAGAAAGUUCUCACGAACAACUGCAAAAUCAAGCCCUCGAUUGACAGAAUACUCCCAAUAGAUGGGGUCGAAGAGCUCGCCCUCAAUCCACGAAAUGUUAUUGUCCAUCCGGUUGGAAUCAAGACCGACAUUCAAUCAAAAAUUGCCAUUUUCUUGGUCCACAAGUGUCGCAACUGUUUCGCAUCUAGUGCGCUGUGUUGCUGACAACAACGGAAAGGAUGCGCACUACUUUUGACAUGAUAAAAAAAACGUCGCGAGUUGGGUCGCGUCGCGACUUGAUUGUGCGAAGUCCGGUUUGGUGGCGGCCCGACAAUAACAACAAGGAGGAGGCAGUUCCAAGCUCCUGUCCAAAUCGUUUCAAUCGGGUGCCCUGAUGGUCCCUCCCUUUCCCAAUAUAUGAUGAGAUAUGUAUAUGUAAUGUAUGUCAGUGUGUGUUGUGUAUGUUUUGUUAUACAUUUGUUUAAAAAACAAUCAUAAUCAUAAUUAAUAAGCAUUUAUAAACAAAACAUUUACCUGAUUACUCCUGAAAUAAAAUGUGGAUUAGCAACAAAACAUUGAAAAAAGCACAUCAAAUCUCGAUCCUGUAAUGUCUGCUCACCACUGAUCGGCCACUUUAGGCAUGAAAACAUUAACAAGAUCGAAAUUUGAUGUGGUGGUAGAUCUUACGCCGCAACGCACCAUUCUAAGGUGAUCUACCCACGUUACGAGGUGGAUGAUUGUGGUAUCUAAAAAUAGUGAUAAAACAUACAAACGUUAUUUUAUCAAAUUUCAACCAUUUUUUCGGUUGGCUAAUUUUUAGGUGGAUUAAUCAUUUUUUUAAUAUUACCUAAGUUUUUAUUCGUCAUGGUUACAUUGUAUUUUUUAAGUAGGUUUACAAGAUAUGAUCAAUAAAAUUAAACUAUAUUCUCAGAUAGGCGAUUUCGAAUACUUGGCCCAUUCUCACCCCCUCUAAGGGGUGAGAUUGGGUCAAUUCUCAAUCAUUUGUAGUUUAGUAAGCAAUUCAUAUAAUGUGAUACUUAUAUGUAUGAAAAAAAAGUUAUGUGUGUUACCGACAAUGUCGUUAACAAUGAAGGGCCAAUUUUGAGUACUAUUUCUUUUGCUUAAAUGUUUAAAAUUUCGAUAAAAAUUAUUAAAUUAAAUAUAUUUUUUUGAUAUAAUAUAUAAUAGUAAAAAUAAUCCAAAAUCAUGAAAAGUAUUAAAAUCUGUUAGUAAAAGUAAAAUUUAAAUAUCGUUGUUUGGUCUACACAUAUAUUGUUAGUACCGUAAUCCGGGGUCAAAUUGAUCACUUUAAAACAACUUUUGCGGAUAACAUUAGUGGGAUUCCAAAUAUUGCCAAGAGAAUUUCUGUAAAACCAGUACCCAGUGGACCUCCAUGAAACCACGUGACAGAAUUUUGUUCGACAAAUUUAAACUUUAAGUUAAAUAACUCCAAAUAUCAUUAAAUUGAAAUUGAAACUUUGGGGCGAAAUUGAUCAGUAUACAAUUAAGCAUCGGUUGGAAAGGAAAAUUUCCUUGUCCGCUUAAUUUUGCCCUUCUAAAACCGAAUGACGCGUUUAAAAUCUUACAACUAGUGAAUUUAUUACUUUAAAUGCAAAAUUAAAUUUUGAUAUUUCCCUUUAAACGCCUACAGGUAGGUAAUUUCAUAUGAAAUAAGUGAUUUUUUUUUAACUAUUUCAUGUUCUUAUUAGCUACAUAACUUGCCAAUCAAGGCUCCACAAAAAUGUUAAAACAGAGAAUUUACUGGAAGUCCUAUUACACUAGUUUACAGCAUUUUUGAACUCGGUAAGCUGAUGAUCAUUUUUGGUGUAGAAUCAUGCCCUGAGUUCGAAAACGCAAAAGAAAAAAAUUACAAUAGAGCGGAAAUUUUUUCGACUUUCCAUACAAGGGUGAUUAUUUCAAAUCGAUUUUUGUUCUAUUUUUAAGCAAAGUCGCUCACUUCAAACAUUUCAUUCUCCGUAAUCAAUGCUCCGAUUGAGCUGAAAUUUUUACUGUAACUCGCCUACACAUGAUAUGUCAAGUAAACGUCGAAAAAGAAUUUUUAAAUAGGGUUUUUCUUAUUGAAAAAAAAAAAUCAUUACUUCAAAAAAAAUUGGGAAUUUUGCUAAAAUUUUAGGAGAUCGUCCCUAAAAUUCGCCAAUAUCUUGAAAUUCAUCAAUCUGACGCAAAACCUGUAUACAGAUGAUCGAAUGGUAUUGUAUUCAGCUUUUAAUUUAUGGAAUGAGAUUUAAAAUUGGUUGAACAAAUCGCAACAUAUAUGAAUUUUAGUAAAUUACAUAUUUUGAAGAGUUGUAAAAGUCGAUAUUGAGCUAAAACUCAAAAACUGUUCUACUUAAAAAAUUUUGAAGGUCGGUUUCGAAAUCAGCGCUAAAUUGUGCUUCAAAAAUUUUGGUCGUUGACAGAAGUUCACGAUUUUCGUUUUAUUUUGUAAACUAGUGUUAGCAAUCGAUUGUUUAGUAGCCAUGAUUUCAGCUAUAUGAGUAAUACAUUGCAAAUUCCUAAAAAAUAAGGUAAAACCAACAUUAAAAAAAAAAAUAAAACUCUACACUCAUCUCUGGACAUCUACGAACCAGAUAACGUAAAAAGUUUAAGAUCAUUACGACGUUUAAGAGUUCCUAGUAUGGAAUUACAAUGUAGUACCCGAAUGAUCAAUUUCACCCCGCUGAUCAAUUUGACCCCGGUUUACAGUACUUAAAUCUAAAAAAACACUUGAGAACCUCUGCGAUAAUCAAAAAAAAAAGUCAAAUCUGUUAUUCUAUAUGCCCCUUGCACAAAAAUGCUUAGAAAAGAGAACAAAACUGAAAUGUAACAACGCCAAAUCCGGAAGAAUGAUUAGAGUAAAGAAAAAGUGGAGCGGGAGGAAGCAAAGAGGAUUUCGGAGAAGAUUUGGAGAGGAAGAGGAGAUAGGGAGAAGAUGAGAGUUGGAGAAGAUCAUUAAAGUCCGGGAUGAGGAAAGAACCGCAUGUUUUUUUCGAAGUGGAAGGAUUCGAGAGCUGUUCGGGAAAACCGGGUGAACAAAUAGAGGAUAGUUUGUCCUACAGUCGGAAAAAGUGAAUUUUGGAGCAAAUGUCCGGAUUAAAGUGCCUCCGCCAGUCCAUAUAGAGGUACCGUCACUUCAAAGUGUCAACGUGUGUUGUAGGUGCUUUCAAGACCCCACAGAAACGAAAAAGCUUACCGAACAACCCCCCCCCCCCCUGUCAAAAAGGGUCAACCAUCCAGUGCCAUAGGUCGUUAAUUUCGGCCCUGCGACCAACGUGAAAGUUUACCUCCGUGCAUCAUGAAACCACGGUGUACAUCUCGAAGAAGCCGCUGGGCACCGCAAAGAUUCCCGGCCAACGGUCCCCUGAAUUCGACCGCCGAUGUGGAACCCAGCGGACUCUCCGUCAGCAAGCUACAUCCAUCUCUCUCUGCGCUCUCCGCAGCCGGUAAUCAUCCCCACGACGCCGAGCACGUGCACCAGCAUCAGGUAGGCAGUCAGCUCCUCCUUUCUUCCCCCGCAACAACAACGGGCCCCAACGAACACAAUUUUGUAAACUAACCCACACAAUUAUAGAAUAUAGUAGUAGUAUAGUUAAAAUGUACGGGGCCCGUGACGUAGUUGGUCACACGUUUGCUUCAUACGCGGAUGGUCAUGGGUUUGAUUCCCAGCCCCGGCACUUGCAAUUUUUCGUCAUAUGCUUUUCCCCCGAGAGCAACUGACACUGACCCUCUUCUGAGCCCCAUGGCUCAAACGGACCCGGAUACCUGGACAUCGGCAAACUGCUACUCAUAAUGGACCCCCAAUCGGACUGGAAAGGAACAACGGCCAUCCAUCAUCAUCCUUGUACUCAUCAUUCUACGGUAUAAAGCAGAAAGUGAAAGCAGCAGAAAGGCAACCAGUUCGAUAAAGUGGAAUAGAAUCUAGACGCUGUACAAAAUGUAAGUGCAGCUGUCAAUUGAAAUUGCUCACGUAGUGCCCUAGUGGACAAUAGAGCUGUAAAUUAGGUUAAGUGAUUAA